AUGGCGCCGCCCCAAUUCGACGUCACCCCCGAAAAGGAAGCCAGCUUCCUCAGCUUCCUCUCCCGCCAGUGGAACAUUACCCCCGAACUCAUGACCGAUGUUGACCUUACCGGAAAGACCGCCGUCAUCGUCGGCGCUACGAGCGGCGUCGGCCUCGAAGCCGCCCGGCAGCUCCUGAACCUUGGCCUGCGCAAGCUCAUUAUCGGGGCCCGCGACGCCACCAAAGCGGCUGCCGCCAUUGCCGACCUGCAAAGUACAUGCGGCGACGUCGCAUCCAUAGAGAUGUGGCCAAUCGACCUGGCCUCGUACGACUCCAUCACAUCCUUUGCGCACCGCGCAGAGACCCUGGACCGGAUGGAUCACGUUCUGCUGAACGCGGGCAUCUGUGCCACAACGUUCCGUCGCAGCGAGGCCACCGGCCAUGAAGAGACGCUGCAGACCAACUACCUGUCGCUAGCUCUUCUCACCACACUCUUGCUACCGUUCGCGGCAGCGAAGCGGCGUGGGACGCAGGGCGGCCACCCGACGCGUAUCACGCUCACCUCGUCGGAUGUGGCCGCCUGGACGUCGUUCAAGGAGAGGUCCCGCGUGCCGCUGCUCGCGGCGCUCGACGAAGGCGUCGACGACCUGACGGACCGUAUGAUGGUGUCCAAGCUGCUUGGCCAGUUCUACGUGGCGGAGCUCGGCAAGCGGCUGUCUAGUGACAUCGUCACUAUCAACUGUGUGACGCCGGGCAUGGUGCGCGAUACGCAGUUCAACCGCGAGGUGGACAAGACGUUUGGCGGCAAGAUGGUAAAGCCCAUGCUUCGGUUCCUGGGCUAUCCUCCCGAUGUUGGUGCCCGCAACAUUGUGGAUGCUGCCCUUCGCCACGACAACGAAGCAACGCAUGGUCAAUAUCUCUCUACCCAAAGGGUAAAACCGUAA